AUCCCAGAAUGCAUCAUUAUCACGGAGUUGUGUAAGUUCCAGCAAAGACAGUCUUCUAGUAGAAACACUUCAUGGGCGCAGGCGACCGAAAGGGGGUAAACACUAUUUUUUGUGUGUUUAUUACAAAAAAAAGUGUAUCAUAUAUAUUUUUGGGGGUAUUUGAGAAGUAACAGAAGCGGCGAUUGUUCCUUAACUAUUGAAAGCUAAAUCUGUUUAACCAGGACCUCAGAAAGCCAGAAAGAUAAGAGGGCCUAUCAAAUAUGUCCUCCUCCCAGUCGUCUUCAAGGCGGCAGUGGUGCUGUUACCUUUGCGAUUUGCCUAAGAUGCCAUGGGCUAUGAUCUGGGACUUUAGCGAGACUGUCUGCCGAGGCUGUGUGAAUUAUGAAGGGGCAGACCGUAUUGAAUUCCUCAUAGAGACGGCCAGGCAUUUGAAAAUAACUCAUGGUAUGCAGGGUGACAGGUCCCCGGGUCCACAGCCCACCAAACAUGGCCCAGGUGGAAGAGAUGGACCUAUGGAGGGUGGUAGGCCACCUCCUGAACGCUUUGAAAGGGGUAGAGGGGACUACGGAGCCCCAGCACGGCUCCCCAACGGUCUGCACAGAAUCGAUGACGGGGGCCCACAACAAGAUGUCAGUGGACAGAGCCCUAACAACACCAGACGACCCAUGGUGUGUACCGUUCCACCCAAUUUAAUGACACAAGGCCUUGUGGGGGUUCCGCACGGGUUGCUAGCAGCUGUGCCCGGUUUAAAUACCAGAGUCGGGGGAACCCCCCUCACCCUCUCUGCCCCCAUGCUGAACGAGAUCACCAAGAGGCAGCUGAGCAUGGGCAUGGGUGUGGCCUCCUUCCUGAGCCCUGAGUUUGAGAAGGAGCUGAGGGAGAAGCAGAGGAACGCAGAGGCUCUGGCCGAGCUGUCAGAGAGUGUACGGAACCGAGCAGAUGACUGGGCCGGCCGACCCAAGGCUGUACGAGGGGCCCUGCUCACCCUCUCCGGCUGCACCCCCUUCAAUGUGCGCUUCAAGAAGGACCACAGCCUGGUGGGGCGGAUCUUUGCCUUCGAUGCCAAGCUGACGCUGGACUUUGAGCUGAAAAUCUUUGCAGAGUACCCGUGCGGCUCGGGGUAUAUGUUCUCCAGCUUGGCGGCGCUGGUCAAGCAGAUGUUCCACGACAGCCAGAAAGACUCUGGGAACAAGGUGAUCAACUUGGGCCUGAAGUAUGUGGAGUACGAGAAAAGGCAUGGCGCGGGGGACUGGCGACUGCUCUCUGAGCUGCUGAGUGAUUCGGUACGGGCCUUUAAGGACACCCCCGGCCCUGACGUUCUCCCCCAGCCCUACCUGGACACCAGCUGCUCCAUGCUGCCCACAGCGCUGUGUCACAUGGCCCGCUCGGCACCACCAGCCCGCGUGCGCCGGAGGAAGGCUUCCCCAGAGCUCCAGGGUGGAGAGGUAGUGACCACAGAGGAGCAGCUCCGGCAGCACUGGCCCAUGGGGAUGUACCCGGGCAUGGCUAUCCACCUAGCUGCCUCCUCCCUACCCAGCACCAGCCAGCCACCUCCUCACCAGGAGGGUUCGGCCUCCCACUCCCACAGCAGCGACCCCUCCCCCAUCACAGCACUGAUGAGCGUGGCUGACAACGCGGGUGCAGCCGCUGGCCAGUCACCCAGAGAAGCCCCUAGCAGCAGCAGCAGUAGUGGUGGUGGAGGCCUGGGCCACUCCUCCUUGGCAGUGAGACAAAGCAGCAGCAGCCCCAUGGCAGCCUGCCCUGCGGGGCAGCAGCGCCACCUGGCCUCCAGGAACGGGGAACCCCAGGGAGCUAGCAACUCUACAGGGGGCACCACGGCAGCUCUCCCCCUGGCUGGGGCCUCGGACCAGGGAGCAGGGGACCCCUCCGGCUCCUCUGGUCCCCCUCUCUCCUGCACCAUCUGCCACGAGCGCUUGGAGGAUACUCACUUUGUCCAGUGCCCUUCUGUUGCGGCCCAUAAAUUCUGCUUCCCUUGCACCAGAGACUUUAUCCGGAGCCAGGGGGCCGGCAGCGAGAUGUUUUGCCCCAGUGGAGAGAGGUGUCCCCUGGUAGGCUCCAACGUGCCCUGGGCCUUCAUGCAGGGAGAGGUCACUACCAUCCUGGCUGGAGACGUCAAGGUGAAGAAGGAGCGCGACCCCUAAAUCCUCUGGGACACCUGACUAAGGCUGUUGACGCCUGAGUGGAGCAGCAGCCUGGUGCCUGCAGAUAACGACAAUCUCAACAGGUUCUCGCCACUUCACAGCCAAUCACCACGGCAAUCCACCAGGUUUCCCCACAUCACAGCCAAUCACCACGGCAAUCCACCAGGUUUCCCCACCCCACAGCCAAUCACCACGGCAAUCCACCAGGUUUUCCCCACCUCACAGCCAAUCACCACGGCAAUCCACCAGGUUUUCCCCACCUCACAGCUAACCAACAUGACAAUCCACCAGGUUCUCCCCACCUCGCAGCCAAUCAUCAUACACCUCUACCUCCAUGGGGCAGGCCUUACACUACCACACCACUGUCUGGUUGGAUAGAGGGUGACCAUACCCCCAGCCCUUGCUCACCUAUAAUACCUAAUUCACCCCUUUGUCCCUCAAACAUCAACUUAUUAGUAUUAGUCACUGACUUAAUAAACCAGUGGACCAUGGUUGGGAAGUAUGCACUUCAUCUAGGGCUUCCGAGUGGCGCAGCGGUCUAAGGCACUGCAUCUCCGUGCUAGAGUCAUUACUACAAACCCUGGUUCGAUUCCAUGCUGUAUCACAAUCGGCCGAUUGGGAGUCCCAUAGGGCGGCGCACAAUUGGCCCAGCGUCGUCCGGGUUUGGCCAGGGUAGGCCGUCAUUGUAAAAUAAGAAUUUGUUCUUAACUGACUUGCCUAGUUAAAUAAAGGUUAAAUAAAAUAAAUCUGUCCUGUUUAUAGUUGAUUUUAGGUCUGUUUUCUGUUUCAUGGAACAUCUUUCUAAUAGAUAUCUGAGUGGCAUUGAGAAAGACUGAUGACUUCCCUAAACGUUCCAGCAACGUAUAGACUUGGACUGUUCCUCUUGUGACCGUUUUUUGGGAGUUUGUUUUGCAUCACAUUUGCCCUUUACGUAAAACUGACUUUUUACUGUCACGGAGCUAUUUGUUUGCUCUUUGCUGAAACCUCAAACCAGCAGUUAAUGUAUGUCGCCAUCGAUUUAUAAGACAGAAACAGGGACUUUCAGUGCUACGCGAUACAAUGAGAUGGCUUUCACAGUGCCCAACAAAGAUGCUUUAUCCAGCAUGUAAGAAGUGGGAUGAUACCUCUCUAUUUUAUACUGAAUGUAAGACAAUCUCUCUCGAUGGUAAUAGAUGUGCAAUUUAUAGUUUUGUUACAAUACUGCUUGUGUAGCCUAUACACGUGCAUAGAAACCAAAGAUAGAUUCAUGUUAAAGUAGAUUUACAGUGCCUAUAGAAAUUCUACACCCCCUUAAACUUUCUUCACAUUUUGUUGUUACAAAGUAGGAUUGAAAAAGAUUUCAUUGUAAAAAUGGAUCAACACAAAAUACAUUUUGAAAAUGUUUUACAAAUGAAAUAACAAAAAUAUAGUUGUUGCAUAAUUAUUCACCUUUAUUUAGGCGAGUCUAAAUGAAUUCACCUUUCAGAAGGACAAUAACCUACAACACAAAGUCAAAUCUAAACUGGAGUUGUUAACCAAGAAGACAGUGAAUGUUCCUGAGUGGCCAAUUUGCAGUUUUGACUUAAAUCUGCUUGAAAAUCUAUGGCAAGACUUGAAAAUGGCUGUCUAGCCAUGAUCCCAAACACCUUGACAGAGUUUAAAGAAUAAUGGGCAAAUAUUCCACAAUACAUGUGUGCAAAGCUCUUUUGAGACUUACUCAAGAGACUCAUAACCGCUACCAAAGGUGAUUCUAAACAUGUAUUGACUCAGGGGGGUGAAUACUUAUCCAAUCAAGGUAUAUUAGUGUUUGAUUUUUAAUUUGUCUUAAAAAUAAUAAUAAUAAUAUACUUUGACAUUAUAUUACAGUAUUUUGUGUAGAUUGUUGGGAAAAAAAGUUAAUCCAACUUUGUAAUGCACAAGGGGGUUGUAGACUUUCUGUAAUCUUACUAGUUUUGUGUUAAAUGGCUUUAUUAUUUCAAUAUGUGCCAGGGAAAUAGUGGGUGAAAUGGUUCUUAGGAUAGUUAUAGGUUAUCUGUUAACUGAAGUUGUAGAGGGUGUAGAGAUUAAACUAAUAUUGUGUACUUGAUGUUUAAUUUAAAGGAAUUUAACUAUGUAAAGUCAAAGGUUUUUUUCUAUAUUGACUGAGAUUCAAGUUUUUCACGUGAUCAUCUUGAUUAUUUUUUUAAAAGUUCUAUAAAAUCCCUGUUUUAUGCUCUGUUUUACCAAUGAACUUAACUCUUUGAAUUGUUUAAAAGAUAAUAUAUACAUGUAUAUCAAAAUACUUCUCUGUCAGGUUUUCCUUAACCUUUUAUGUUCGUCACCAAAAUUAAUAUAUUAAUUGAAAUAUCAAUUUGCAAAGCUGGGGCCAAUCAAUAUCCUACCAUGUGCAUGUGUAAAUAUGAAAUUGAAUGAGGACAAGACAUCAAGCCAUUGCUGAUCACAUUGGCAUGAAUGUAUACUGUACACUAGUAGCUGAAAGUGCAUGUAGUACCAAAAUUAGGCCUCUUAGUUAUCUAAAAUACGGUAAGUCUAAUGUAGCCCUCACAACAAAAAUGAAUUUCCUACAAAAGCACUGAUAUGUUCAUCCAACUUUCCUCAAGUGAUUGGGAGUCCCAUAGGGCAGCGCACAAUUGGCCCAGUGUUGGCCCGAGGUAGGCCGUCAUUGUAAAUAAGAAUUUGUUCAUAACUGACUUGCCUAGCUUAAUUUAAAAAAUACAUUAUGAAAAGGUGCAUUUAAUGGCAUCCUCUGUCUGAAAGCACUUGUAAAAAUUUUUUUUUUUAAAUCAUACAAAAUAGGAGUAUUUUGUAUUUGGCCCCUAAAUUUGGAAAGAUUGUCUUGGAUUGAUUGUCUUGCCUUUCUAUUAUUAUGGUCCUGUCUGCCAUGGACUCCUGUUGAGUUGCUAAUCUCAACACAGUUCAAGGUUAAAGCUUGUAUUCCAACUCUAUUUCUACUUGACACUAGCCUAUUUCUGCCCUUAUUUUUUUGUUAUUUAAAAAAAAAUAUAUAUAUAUCCUUGAAUGGAAACCUACUCUGGGCGGCAGGUAGCCUAGUGGUUAGAGCGUUGGGCCAGUAACUGCAGGUUGCUAGAUCGAAUCCCUGAACUGACAUGGUAAAAAUCUGUUGUUCUGCCCCUGAACGAGGCAGUUAACGCACUGUUUCUAGGCUGUCAUUGUAAAUGAGAAUUUGUUCUUAACUGACUUGUCUAGUUAAAUAAAAUAAGAUAAAACCCUGAA